AAAGUGCUGCUAAAUCCGGUCCUACAUUCGGCCAGUGGCCAGGUGCAAUUAAUUGUCUUGUGUGUUUUACUACAGAAAAAAUGACUUAUCUUUUAUUAUCGUUGAUUUUGUUGGUAUAAAUACGUUUCGUAAAGAUGAAUGUCGCCAAUUCAGUGAAACAAUCCGAAUCUAGUGAGAAGAAAUAAUAAUGUAAUUGGUACGCUGGUGCAAUUGGUUGGUCGCUGCUUGUGAAACCCUACGACAUCGACGGCGACGACGAUGCUGAUGAUGAUGAAGGCGACGGUGAGUGGAUAAAAGCGUGCUGUACUCGAUGGUUUGGUAGUAUAUACUCUAUAGUUAUACAUAGUGCGCCGCCAAUCGUAAUAAUCGCAAUACGUCACGAUCUAUUGGAGUCUAGGAGCUUAAUUGGAAGUGUCUUGUGCUGGGGCUGCAGUGGAUGCUGGCGGGCCAACCAACAACAGCGAUGAUUGCUGAUGAUGAUUAUAAUGGAGCAGAAAUAGAGUGAAAACACAGAAGGUGGAACACAGAGAAGUGAGUCGCGGUUUUGGAAGCUUUCAGGGGCUCUGAAUUUUGCCUCAUGGUACAGUGUGUUGAAAGAACAAAAAAGUUAAUAAAUAGAUGAGAAAAUGUGUUGAAAGAGAAGUUGGUACGAAGAAUUGUGGUCAAAAGUAAAGCGAAGAGAAUAAUUACUGGUGAAGUGGAAAAGUGCAACAAUCGAGUAAAUAGCUUUGGGGUUUGAUCAAAGCUAGUGGAAUAGGGAUUGAAGAUUGGGAGUUCAUCGAGUUUUCUAUCUUCGAACCAAAUAGUUUCCAGCAAACCGCAACAAAUACGAAGCCUCCCCGUUGCUUAAGGAUGCCGAAAUUGGGUGGCUGGAUAGACAACGCGAAAAAGCAUAACAGUUUCGUCGAUAGCUGUUGUACGGUCGCAUGUGGCAAAUAGUGCUAUACGGUGUCAACCAGCGGCCACGGUAGAACUGUACAGCACUGCUCGCUGCUAGAGCUCGUUGUCAGUGUGCAGACGUUGUUUUUGCCGCCCGGUGAAGAUGACAUCCACACACUCUACAUCCAACGACGGCGGAACGUCGAACAGUAAUGCUCAUCGGAAACACAGGCGGAUGGAUUCAUACGCGCUGACCGGUCUGUACUCGGAAGCCUACACCGAUGAAAGCAGUGCGGACAUUCCCCAGGACACCGAAUCGGAAUCGUUGCCAGUAUCGGUCAACACUGCCACCAUGGAAUCGGUCGUCAAGUGCCACAGUCGUCAGCCCUCGAACAGUGUCAUGAUGACGGAGCGCGAAAAACCGCUGCCGAAUGUAUUGCUAGUGAGUGAGGAUUACUCGCGGGACUGCGGUAUUCUGACGUGCCGACCUUCCGCGUUGCAAAAGUUCGCUAGAAUCAAAGUGUUCGUGUUGUUGCUGUCGAUCCUGGUGACUUUACAGCAAGCACUUAGCUCCGGAUAUAUCAAUUCGGUGAUCACCACUAUAGAGAAACGUUUCGAAAUUCCUUCAAGCCUGUCCGGUUUAGUGGCGUCCAGCUAUGAGAUCGGCAACGUAAUUACUGUUAUCUUUGUUAGUUAUUUGGGUAGUCGGCGGCACAUUCCGGUGUGGAUUGGAAUUGGUGCCGUCAUUAUGGGAAUUGGGUCCUUAGUGUUUAUGAUUCCUCACUUCACCGGCGAGCCUAAUCCCGGGGUUAUGCUUGACAAUAAAACUGCUGACAACAUUUGCAGAUUGGUGUCCGUUCGAGAGCAGGACAUGGGUCUUGGUCGAUUGUCCAACAGUCUUUCCAAUCCGCCACUGACGACGCAUAACCUCCGAGGUGACAACUGUCUCAAGAGCAAAGCGUCAACCUUUGGGCCGGUGAUACUGUUCGUGAUUGCACAAAUUUUGCUCGGCGGGGGUGGUAGUCCGUUGUUCACACUGGGCACCACCUACGUUGAUGACCACGUGCGCAAGGAAAGUUCAUCGAUGUAUAUCGGUGCAAUGUAUAGUAUGGCUGCCUUUGGGCCUGUUUUAGGUUUCCUGCUCGGAGCGUACUUAUUGUCGUUUCACAUGGACUCGUUUUCUGGCAGUGAUAUCAAUAUAGAUCCAGACGAUCGCCGAUGGGUAGGAAUGUGGUGGGGUGGUUUCCUCGUGUGUGGCAUUCUGUUAAUACUGGUAGCCAUUCCAUUUUUCUCCUUUCCGAAGGUUCUUACUAGAGAAAAGAAGAAAAUUCGUGAGGCCGAGCAAAACUUGUCUCAGUUGCAGCAAUUAUCGGCAAACAAUUCCAGUAGUUUAUCUCGGCCACAGCAAAACCAGCCGCAAAUGCAGCAACAGCAACUGCCGCAAAGCCAGCAGCAGCCUGGCAGCGCAACAGGUGGUGGUGGUGGCGGCGGCGGCCAAAUCGGAUCCAACAAAUCGAAUGAGGAUACCGGAUAUGGAAAGGAUAUUAAAGAUAUUCCUCUUUCGAUGUGGCGUCUGGUGUCCAAUCCAGUCUAUAUAGUAACCUGUCUGGGAGCAUGCAUGGAGCUGAUGAUUGUUUCCGGCUUCGUGGUCUUUCUGCCCAAAUACCUGGAAACACAGUUUAGUCUGGGCAAAAGCCAAGCUAGUGUCUUCACCGGUUCGAUUGCGGUUCCGGGCGCUUGCAUUGGCAUCUUCAUCGGUGGCUGCAUUUUGAAACGAUUUCAGCUCAAACCGAAGGGUGCGGUUCAGUUUGUGCUGGUUUCCAACCUGGUCUGUCUUUCCUGCUACGGGUUGCUGUUCUUUCUGGGCUGCGAAAAUCUAAAAAUGGCUGGCACCACCAUUCCGUACUACAACAGCUCUCCGGCGCACAACGUUGAACCGUUCCAGGUGAAUUUGACCGCAGCAUGUAAUUUCGGCUGCGAAUGUCAUAUGUUUGAUGUGGAACCGGUCUGCGGAAACAACGGGCUAACCUAUUUCAGUCCGUGCCACGCAGGUUGUACGGCAUUUUCGUCCAGCUCUAACUACACCAACUGUGCAUGCGUCCAAACGAACGUAACCCGAGUGUACACCGGCGCCGAGGGAGCCCAAGCGCAGGCUCUCAACGCACACGAAAACUUUGCGGAAGUAACCGUAAUUCCUGUAGCCACAGCCGGCGUGUGCAACAAACCCUGCCGGACGAUCUAUCCCUUUCUGAUACUGUUGUUCUUUAUGACAUUCGUUGUCGCUUCCACGCAGAUGCCUCUGUUGAUGAUAGUUUUAAGAUCCGUUUCGGAGGAGGAACGCUCGUUUGCACUUGGUAUGCAAUUUGUGAUAUUCCGACUGUUCGGCUACAUUCCGGCACCGAUCGUGUUUGGGAAUCUCAUUGAUUCUUCCUGUUUGCUGUGGAAAUCAACCUGUGGCGAGAAGGGCGGUCGCUGUUUGAUAUAUGACAUCGAGAAAUUCCGAUAUAAAUAUGUGGGCCUUUGCGCGAGCAUUAAAAUUAUUGCCCUUUUCAUUUUUAUUACCGACUGGUGGUUGGUGAGACGGAGAAAAAAUCUGGACAAAAUGAACCCUCUGUCGGCGAAUGAGCUGGUUGGAUCGAUUAUUAGUUUGGAUAAAUUAUUCGAAGAGAAGGCCAACAGUGACAGUCAAGCAAUUCCUUUCAACGGAGAAUGCAUUUCGGGUGAUUCAAUUGGAGACAAUAACAGCAAACGGACGCUAAUAGCCAGUCGACAUUUGCGAAAUGAUUCAAAAUCGAUUCAGUUAGAGUACAGGUACGACGAAGCACCAGCCCAGCACUACCAUAGGCCCCGUAAACACAUCCGCAGUAACUCCUGUGAUAUCAAAAUCCAACGUUCGAAUUCGGCCACUCACCGGGAGACUGAUGUACAUGACUGGAAACUGAAACGUUUCAUGCGCCAUCACACUCGAAAUAAUUCACGUGAUUUAGAUCAAGAUCAUGCCGCAUGCAUGCAGAAAGAGCCAGGAACACAAAUGGGUCGUUGGAUUAGUCCUCGUAACAAAAAUACCGAUCAGUCCGCGCCGCCGAAUAUAAAGUACAUCCAGAAUCAUUUGAAGAACAAUAAUGUAGACAGUCAGAGUAAGUUGAACUACAGCAACAGUUGCAGCGGGAGUCAAGGUGGGUACUGCCCAGGUCCGAAAAAGAAGCGUCACACGAGAAACUAUUCCUACGGUCAGGAGUUCUCUUUCCUGCCAAAUACUGUCAUCAUCCGGUUGGAUAACGAUAUUGCUAACAAGUUCCUGGGGAACAAUGGCGGCGCAAGCACUUCUCGAAAAAGUUCAUUCUCUCACGAUGUCAUAAAAAAUAUGAACAAACUAAACAAUUGUGCGAACAACAAGGAUAUGAACGAUCUGAAUGAGGAGCUGGAAUCCAAGUACGCAAAAGGAUCGUCUCAUGCAACCUAUGGACACUCGAGGAACAACUCGAAAGAUUUGAAUCUCCUAAAUGUGCAACACUCGGGUGACGGGAUUCUUGGCGGUAUCAAAGCAUUGAUCGAAGAUUCCAAUAGUAUCUUGCGACACAGACGGGCUAACUCAAAAGAUCUAAAAUACAGUGGCUACCAGCCGUGUGAAGCCGCUAGUACUAGCGUCGGGACAAGUGUGAGAAAAAUGUCCAACGGUGACGGUCAUCAGCCGCAUCACCAUCACCACUUGUCCGGAUGCCCUCCGGUGAUUGGUAAUAGUGGCCAAACGGAAUCUCUUCAACUAUUGCUAGAUAAACCGAAUCUCCUAGAAGCACAUGGUGGCGUUGGUAGCAGCUCUUCUGGCAACCCUGGUAAUGGUUCAACGUCGACUGAUGUCUAGCCAGAGGCGGUUACCGUGUGCUCGGUUUGGUGGUCGAUCUUAGUAAGGAUGCCAUACACUUUCCGUGUUUCCUGUAGACUGUUUUCCCUGCCAUUAUGUUUUAAUGGGCCGUUUCCUGCUUAUGUAAAGUGCGUUCAGAGUAUCAGUCACUUUUAUUUGAUGGUUUACUGUAGCCCCUCCGUAUUUCUUUGUCCUUAACUUACUCAAACAGCACAUGCUUCGAAUGGUUUCAGUAAUAUAGGAAGUAUGUGCCAUAUGGGUAGAGUACGGGCUCGCGAGGAAAUACAAGCCCACACCUAAAACGAAAGGGUUGCCAUAUUACCGCUCCCAAAAAUACCGGGUUUCAUCCUCCCGGCGUAAAUAGUAUAAUUUAGAACAGUGUAUAACGUAACUAAUGUUUUGUAAAACCCGAGACUGCAUUUGUUUAGCUAGAUAUAGAAGCUUAUUAUUUUACUUUAAGCAAAACAUUGGAAUGAAAAGUUUUGUUUGAUCGAAGCAUUGCGAAUUUUCACCACAUUUUUCUGAAUUUUAUUUAUGGGCUUAAUGUUAAAUUUUUUUUGGCUCGUUUUUACUUUUGAUUUUGAAAAUUUAAAUUCUCAUUUGCAUGGUCCUCGUGUGACAAACGAGAGUUUGUUUUGUGUUCAGCGAAAAAGUUAAAUAACGUCGCUCAAGCACAUGUCGGCGAUAUUUCACUGCCAUUGUCACCACUCCAAAUCCUCGCUUUAAAGUGUAGAAUAUUUAAGUUGUGAUUUCGAAAAUUGCGCCGAUUAAAAAUCCCUUCCAGAACUACUUGAGCUAUCGUUGUUCAACGCCUACGCUUUUGACGAGGUUAGUUAGGAAAAAGAAAAUUUACAAAGCUCGAAACUUAAUAAAACAGCGUCCGUUAAAUUAUUUAGCAAUUGAUCGUAGCAAAGAUGUCAUUUUUUGCUGUCAUAUAUGUUAUUUUUUCCAUUUUUUACGUGUGAGUUUAGUUUAAUUUUAAGCUUAACUGUGAAUUUUUUGAAUUCUGUUGCACAUUUUUUUCGCUGCUUUUAACUGCAAUUCACCUCUAUUAGGUUCAAACUUGUCAGGUUAGAUCUACGUCAUAUUUUUCACAAAACCAAAUUUGGUAAUCCAGAAUGCUUGUUAAUUGAUUAAAUCUUCUAUUAAAAAUCAAACUAUUUCUUUAUUUUCAUUAGUAAAAAGUACAAAAAACAGCUUUACACCCACUUUGUUUACCUUAUUUGUCGUAGCAUGCCAGUUGUUAUUAAACUGCUUCUCGCUCCCGACAGUUUUUUCACUCUUGAGGUUUCGCUGCAUAUUUAUCAAGAGGUGGCAGCUGUAGUGCGAUUGUAUUGGAAGGGUUCCUAUCCAUAGGCACCAUCUGAACGCUGUUGAUAGGAUAUCACCCCAGAAUCUUUGUUCUGCAAUGACAAAAUGCCAAAUCCGGCCGAAACAGCACGGAAGAAUCAUGUUGCUUUAGCAAAGGCAGCAGACGUUAAUUUACUGUGGUUCACGGUGUCGGUUGUAAUGAAAAUGACCCAAUCGAAAUAUUUCUUAUUGAACGUCGACAAUUUCAUAUGCUUGAAAGUAUCUGCCGCGGCGAGCAAAAUGUUGGUAGGUCGCUCUUACUUGGACGCCAUUUUGAUAACUGAAGAGCAAAGGUCAAAUCAAAUUAGAGGCAUUGCAUGCACACCCCUACAAAAUGCAGCGUGCUCAAAUUUUUUAAAUGCACUUUUGCACUUUAAAUGCACUUUUGCACUUUUCGUAAAGUUUAAUUCGACCAAAUUUUGAUCGUAACACACUUUAUGCUUAAGUUCGGUAUUUUUACGGUAGAUUUCGUCCAAACUAAUAAAACAACUUAGACCAAACAAUCUGGCCUCAGUGAUUCAAUCCAACUUGGUUCAAACAACAGUUUUCAUUCCAAACUUUCACAGUUAAUAAACGACCAUCAGUAAUUGUUCUUCUAAAAGUGAUAAAUACUCUGUUAGACGCAAAAAUCCUAACGAAAAACAGUAUCGUCGCACGAAACGGAUCCAAAAAUAAAGCAAAAAGCGGGAGCUAGUGAAGUAACAAACUAAUUACCUAAUGCAAUAUAGAGAACAAGACGUAACUAACAAGAACAAAACGUAAAAAAGAAUUGAAGUAAAAUACAACCUUCCAAAUAUUCCUAUGAAUGAAGAGAUAAUAGUAAUUUUUAGUGCAACCAUUACAUUUUAUAGUAGGAUACAGUUUAGUAAACUGCCAACAGUGCAGUGCGAGUAAAUAGUUAUAAAUCAAUUGUAGAUGAAUACAAAUGCCUAACUUAUUGAUAAUGCAAAAGCACUUGUUGCUUGCAGCAAGUAAAUUUAAAAAAAAUAUUGAAAUAAUGGAAACAGCAGAAUUUAACCAUUAAAUAAAGAAUGAAAUAUUUUUAUACAUUUACCUAUUAGAGCAAACAACAGAAAUGCAACAAAUUGUUAUACAUUUUAUGAUGCGAGAGAGAUAGUAAACUAUGAGUAAAUGCGGACAUUCACGAAGUACUUGUUUAGGUUUCCUUGUCCCGUAUUGCUUCCGAAGUCAUUUUUUACAGAUCCAGCGAAGUGAGAGUGGAGCGCAAAUAAACCCGCGAAAGUUUGCUAUCCUAAAUUUUGAAUGGAUGUAAAUUUUAGGUUAAUUUUAACAUGCUUCAAAUUUAGAAGAAAAAAAAAUCACUAAUAAAACCAAGGGAUUCUUUUUUUUGUUGCGAUUCACAGGUACGCGUCGAGUCAAUUCAGGUGUGCGCGUGAUUGCAAGAGCUGACGCGGGGCUUAUAAAUUUGAUUGAGUCCCGUAAUUCACUGUAAAGUUUAGAUAAGCAUCGACGAAUGAAUGGAACAGCAUCAAAAGCAAACAUAGAAAUCGACGGUGAACUAGGAGCUGUGAAACUACUCUAGGUAAAACGGUGUGCGAACGAAGUUAUAAAUGAAAAUCGCCUAAUAUGUAUUUUUGAGGUUGUUACUGAAUAUAGUAGAAAUGUAGUGCUAGGAUUGAAUGCUGGAAGAUUGUGCCGUGUUGUUGCGUAGCAGACAAUUCCUUUUCCUUAAUCUUAAUCCUGUAGUCAACUGAGCAGUAGACGUAGAUUCUAAGCGUGUUACUGAGUGAGAAUUCUAGCCAUGUAAAGACAGAAAUGUUUCCUUUUUCCGGUUUUUAGUGCAAUGGCGAACAUAGAUUGGCGCUAAGAAACAUCAACAGAGGAUUGGUGUGGUUUUAAAUUGAAUUUAGUGGUUAGGCUAUUGAGCAUGUUCUCUCCCGCAAUCCUCUACUCUACUGUCGGUAUAUGUCUGUUGUUAGUAGUACUAUUACGUGACUUGAUAAAUAAUGAAAAUUUGAACUUAGGUUUCUAACAAUAACACUCAAUCAUAGAAAAUCGAGUUGAUUUAUGUUUAUCAAAAAAAGUAGAAUUUGUCGCACUUUCACCAAAAUUUAAAUUUUCUCACAAUUAUAUAUAAUGUACUAAUUUGGCAACACUGUACUUUAAAAUUAUUACAAUAUUUUUAGAAACGAAACAAAUCAACGGGGCACGUCUACGAAGCAUGGUGAGAAAGCGUUACGGAAAAGUAAACAUAUCGUGUUAAACAGUAAACAAAGAAAGAAAAUUAUGCAAAACAAACACAUAAAGACCUAUUUUUAAUAGACACAAAACAAGGAAAGCAAAUGGUACAACUUGAAUCUACCAGAAAAGCAAUGUUUCCAAAAUCACGUACCGAUAAAAGCUCUAUAUUUUCUCUUCGAAAACUGUGGCAUCACAACUGUUGCUGUUCAAGUCGUUAAGAUGGGUGUACAAACUAUGUAUGUUUAGUUGUUUGAUAGAUGCACACGCAACAGAACACACACAUACAUACACUCAUACAAUCAAACAACAAGUAAAAAUCGCUGUCAAUUAGACUAUGAGCUGUUUUCAUGCUGUGUACUGACUUUAACAAUGUCAACGCGUAUAUGAAAUCACAAUAAUCCAACAACAGAACAUAGAAAGUUAUGAUUAUGUUUAUAACGGCAAUGAGAUAGAAAUGAUGGUGCGUUGCUUCUAGGAAUAAACUAAAUGAAACAAUAAAUAAAUUUAUAUAAAAAUACCG